AAGCGGAAUACCGCGCCUAACCAAAACCCACCACCCUGUUUGUUGCACUGUGCCGUUCACGACGCGUUCUUUAGCUUGAUUUUCGGGUGUUCCUCCGAAAUUUUGUUUAAUGUAUGUGGUGUUUAAUUAAUCUAUGAUUAUCGCAUAAUAGAAGUAUAUCACGACCAUGAAUACUCCGACCAGAGAUUUCCUACGUAGACCAGAUGUUCCACGUAGAAGGUCAAACCGUCAAGCUCUAGCAGUAAUUCCUGACAGAACUAGUAUUACAGUGUCGCCAGGAGAAACAUUACCAGGAGAAAUGAAUGCUAUGGACAAUCUCGCUAACAGCAGAUACAGUAUUGAUUCCUGGAGUCCAGCUCCAAGUCCUGACGAGUUAGUUAUACAAAAACGUGGUCGUCGUCGUAGAACCAUAGUUUGGUCUCCAGAUUUAGAUGCUCGUAAGCGUGAUAGUCUUUUUAGCUUAAGUUCCAGAGACCGUACUCCAGUGAAGAGUCCAUCCAAGACCAGUAUGACUCUGAGAAGUACUCCUAGAAAACGAUUACUAUUGGGUGACAUAAACGAGCCUCAAUUAACAACACCAGAAAAGAAGAAAAAGCAACCAAUUGAUCAAGAAAAGCUUAUUGAGAGCAAUGGCAUCCAAAAACAGUUCAAUGGAUCUUUAAUGAAUGGUCUAAGAGGUCUCAGUCACGAUCAGCUAGUAAAAAUGAUCAUGGACUUAGUCACUAUUCAAGAAGAUGGCAAAUUACCUGCGGUUCAAAAAUUACACGAUUUCCUUUUAAAGAAAAUGCCUGUAGCCGACAUUCAGCCACUGCGAGAGAGGCUCAGUACACUGCGUCAAAAUAUCUAUGCAAGUCUCGUAUCAUCCAACAUGGAUGAAUCAGCGUACAGCCGAUCCUACAUUCAUCUGGAUGUUUUUCAGAAAGCUGUGAUUGAGCAAGGAUCGAGACUUGUUGAAUCCCAGCAUUGGACAUCUGUAAUGCAAUAUGUAUUCGCUGCAUGGAACAUCACUAAGGAUCUACCGGAAUGGGAGCGACAAGGAUUAGACAAUACAAGGCGCAACUGCUUCAAAGCUCUGUCAGGUUUUUGUUCGCAAGCGCUGAAAAAUGGUUCCUUCGGUCCAUCAACCUUGGAAGCAUUUGCCAAGAAAUUGGAGACUAUGCAAGGGGAUUGCGAAGAUGUAAAAUUCUGUUCACAACUGUUAAGGGAAGCCCAGGCUUCAGAAAAAUGACGUAAAUAUUACAAAAGCUGUUGAGAUAAAACUGAAUUGUGUUUAGUUGACGAUUAUAUAUCAUAAGAACAUUAAUUCAUAUACAUAUACAUUAUAUAUGUUAAUAUAUAUUAUACUGAAAGGUGGAUAUAUAUUUUAUUAUGUACGUGAGACGUUGGUGAGUCAAAUGUUGACGUUGACUCUCUAGAUCCGCUUAGUAACCGAGAUUUGUUAUUAUUGUAAAAUCUUGUGAAAGCUUCGAAUUAAUUGAGUGAAUGAGCUUUAUUCCUAAAUGAUGUAUCUCUUACUAGUACUCAGUAAUUAAUUGUUAUUUCAACGCGUUAUAUAAUAACGUUGACGCAGAUUGACGGGUUAAUAAUAUUUUCUCGAAUCAAAACUAAUUUUUAGUAUGGUGAUGGGUUUUUCAACUGCCAUAGAGACUAUUGUAUGACGCUCGUACAAAAAAAAAUCUCAGGUCCAGUGUGAGAGCUUAUAUUUACUAUAAUUAUUAUUCAAUGUACACAGAGACACGAACCUAUUUUAUGACUUAAUAUACAUGCACGCGAGAAGUCCCGGUGUGGUUACGAUUUUAGUCCUAAACAGUACUCUUAAAUCGGCAUUAUAACCGAUACAAAGUUGCAUAGUUUGUAAGAUCGUCUAUUAUUAUUAUUAUUAAAAUUAUUAUUUUUAGAUUAGUAUGAUUAGAUUUAGGAUUCUUAGUUCAAUCCAUCUUUUGCUAUUACGUUUGUGCGUAUUAAUAAGUUAUGCUUUUGCUGAAUAAACAGUGAUUUCUAAUCGUUUA